UUCGUCUUCUAGCAGCUAUAGUUUUAUUUUCUCUCUGCUCUCGUUUUUUUACCGUUUUUACGGCUUCAGAAACAGGCAAAAACCAUUCCCCUUGCUCCUUAGAAAAUUUCUUAAUCCAAUUUUUAAAAAAGAAUCUGUUCAACUUUAAAAAACUUCUGACUGCUCAUCUGCUUUGGAAACCAUGGAAGGGUUUGAUAGUAAGGACAACAUAAGUUACUCCACGCCGAAGAAAAGCGCGCCAAAGAACACUAUCAACUUCAAUGACAGUGGCAUUGAUGGACGUUCUAGCGACGAUUCAGCCAUGACUGAUCAGUUAGAGAUGUCAGGAAUUGCUGAUUCCAAAAAGGCCUUGAAGAUUGAUGAUGAUGAUAGCCCACUCCCUACUAGAAGAAUUAAGACUCAAGUAUUUGUGGAUAUCCCUGAAAUGAGCAAGUUUGGAGAAAUAUGGAGACGUCAUAACUUCAAUAUUGUGACCAUAAUCAUUACGAACAUCUUGCUGGUCUAUAGCAUCAUUGCUAUUUGUAUUAGUGGUUUCAAGAAAGUUCAAGUCCUGUUUGGCCUGACCAUGGUUCUCUGGUUCUGUCUGAUAUACAUGUUCAUACGUGAACACUGGGGAGAUGCAAUAUAUAGAGCAUGUAUUAAACCUUGUGUUGCUGUCAUAAAUAGCCAGUGGAAGUGGUUGAAAUGGUUGUGCAUUCUUGUGAUUCUGGCCCUCAUUGGUGUUUUUCUUGGUCUUGACACGGCUAAAGAGCCAGAGCGAUUCAUAUCUGUGGCUGGUCUUUUUGUCAACAUCUCCAUAUGCUGGCUCUUCUCUGCACGCAGAAGCAAGAUAAAAUGGCGUCCUGUUCUGUGGGGUUUGGGUUUACAGUUUAUAUUUGGUUUACUUAUCCUGCGCACACCACAAGGGUUUGCGACCUUCAAAUUCCUUGGCCAGACAGUUCAGUCAUUCUUGGACUUUACUGAUGUUGGUGCAAAGUUUGUAUUUGGAGAUGAUUUCAUGAAGCACUUCUUUGCUUUCAAGGUUCUUCCAGUCAUCGUAUUCUUCAGUUCAUUUAUCUCUGUGUGCUAUUAUAUUGGAAUCAUGCAAGUCGUCAUUAAGAAGGUCGCAUGGCUCAUGCAGGUCACCAUGGCAACCUCAGCUGUUGAAUCACUUAAUGCUGCAGGAAACAUAUUUGUUGGUCAGACUGAAGCCCCAUUACUAGUCAGACCAUUCCUUAGCCAUGUCACAAAGUCUGAGCUUCAUGCCAUUAUGACUGGAGGUUUUGCUACAAUAGCUGGAGGAGUGCUUGCUGCAUACAUAGAGUUUGGGGUCUCUGCUUCACAUCUUCUCAGUGCCUCUGUCAUGUCGGCUCCUGCUGCACUUGCAAUUUCUAAACUCCUUUAUCCAGAAACAGACAAACCAGAAACACUUGAUGAGGACAUUCACCUUCCAUCAAGUGGUGAGCGUAAUGUGAUAGAAGCAGCUGCUAAGGGUGCCAGCACAGCAAUUGCCCUGGUUGCCAACAUAGCUGCAAACUUGAUUGCAUUCCUUGCAUUUUUGGCUUUCUUCAAUGCUAUUCUCUCUUGGCUUGGUUCCAUGGUAGGCCACCCUGAGAUCAGCUUUGAGUAUAUUUGCUCCUACUUACUGCGCCCAGUGGCGUUCUUGAUGGGUGUGCAAUGGAAAGACUGUGAUGUUGUGGCUGAACUUCUUGGCAUCAAGACGUUUUUGAAUGAGUUUGUAGCAUAUAUCAGGUUGUCAGGAUUCAUCACCAACCGCAGAAAAGAAAUUGGAGACGCCAGAACCAUCUCUGUGAGGUCAGAGAUUCUUGCCACCUAUGCACUGUGCGGGUUUUCAAACUUCAGCUCAAUCGGCAUCCAGAUUGGAGGUCUAGGCCCUAUGGCUCCAACAAGAACUGGUGACAUGGCCAAGGUUGCAAUGCGUGCUUUAUUUGCUGGUACAAUUGCCUGUUUUAUGACGGCAUGUAUUGCUGGAAUUCUCUAUGACGAAUCAAUGUAUGAAGGACGCAGUCUUCUUGCAGCUGUCAACACCACUGUUCUCAAUACAACAGUUAGCCCUUAAAAGUAAAGUAUUGAAUCUUCCCUUUUUAAUAAGAGCAAACUUUUGUACUUGGUCUGUAUAAAUCUUAUUUUACUGUCAGUUAAAGUACUAGGUAAUGUUAUCCACUAGACAACCAUUGUACAAGAUAGAGAGAGGCAUAUUUUUUGAAAUUCAUAUUCUUAUCAACAGAUAGAUGGUUUACUGAAAUCUGUCCACAAUUUUAGAUUUGUAUAAGUUUUCACCACCAACAACAAAUAUAGCAAUGAUGAAAUAGCAAAGAGUAGAACUGAUGUGAAAUAGCAUUAACUGUUGCAGAGGUGUUGUUGAAAAGUUAUCCAAGUGAAGACAAAUAUUUAGUCCAGGAUAUCAAAAUUAUUAAUUUUUAUCUACAACCUUUAUGGUUGGGUGAUCUAUUUGUCAUCGCAUGACUGUCAUGAGGAAAAAUUACUUUUGCAGCUUUUCAACCUUUUUAUAAUUUUCAGACAAGUUUAAAUUUAACAGAAGUUGAAAUAAGGAUCUAAAAAGGCACACAGUAGUAUAUCUAUAUUUUAGCAAUUAUUUACUAUCUUUGACAGGUCAAAACUUGGAUGAAAGGUUUAAAGAAUUCUAGUCAACUAGAAUGCAAUGCAUCCCUAUAUUAUUGUUGACAUUGUUCAUCUAUAUCAUUCAUGAAGCUUUUCCAUGGACUGGUGAAGAAAAAUUUCUGCAAAUUUGCUAUGCCAAGGUCUUUAAAUUCCCAAAGUUCCCUUCCUUUCAUUCUACAGCAAGUAGAUGGAAUUUUUCAGAGAGAUUGUCUCUGGGACAUGACUUUUUGUGCAUCCACUGUCAAGGCUUGGCAAACACACUCAAUAUUGUUGGCCAACAACAUCCAACAUCAUUGGGCCAAAUAUGUUGGGAGCGUUUGGACACCAUGUUGCAUGUUGUUUGGACUUGUUGGAUGUUGUUGGGUGAAGUUUGAAACUCGUCAAAUUUUUGAGCCAACAACUCCCAACUCUUCUUUUGUUUUGCGGUCAUUGAAGCGUAGCCCAACAAUGUUGCGUUCGUUUGGACAGCACGCCCAACAAAGUUAAAGAAAUGUUAAAGAAAUAUUUGUAAGUCAUUCACAACAGAUCCCGAGUGUCCUCAAUCAUCAAAAAUCAAAAAUCCUGAAGAUGUUGUUUGAAUUUUCCUCUCUUGUUUCGACGUCUGAUCCAUCUUAUCGUUUUUCCACAAAACACAUCGAGUCACUGGUGUCAUUAAGGACUUCAAUUAGAUCCAUAACUGCUAUGCAUUUUCGCUUUUUUUACUCUUUUUAUGAAGGAAGCCAUAUGCUAAGUUCAAGCAAAAUAGCAGACAAUGCCCAAUAUGUUGCGAUCGUUUGAACACAGUCGUCAACAUUUUCCAACAACUGUGACCAAUUAGGUGUUGUUGCGUGCAUUUGCACAGGCCUUUACACAUCAUAGCUUUCGAAAUCUACCUUGGAUCUACCUUGGAUCUACCUAGAUAAGUUGCCAAAAUUUAAAAACUCUCAAUUAUGGAAAGCAUUAAAUGACUCUGUAUCAUUAUUUUGAUUAUCUUAAAACGUUUAGCAGGAAUAACAAGACCGAUGAAACUGGAUUUUCAAAUGAUUCCGGCACACAAUGCAUCGUAGUUGACUAGGAUUCUUUAAUCACUCAAUGACUCUUCUUAAAAUGGACACUUUACAUAAACUUUAGUAUGUGUACAGUGUCCAUUUUAUGUUGUAUUUACAUAAAAGUUAAUUUAGUUUUCAAGUUUCACAUAUCACAGUGUAUUGCUCUGUAUCCUAUCAUAAAGUUUCUUAGAAUAACUUUGCCAAAUUGCCCUAUUUCACUAUGACGUCACUGCUUGUUUAUGUGGGGGAUAGAAACGCCAAAUCCAAUAGAAAAUUCAACAAACAUUUGCUCCUAGCAAAACAGUUUUACCUAAAAUGGCCUGGUUUUCAGAUAUAAUAUGUGUUAAUAUGUACUAAAAAAUAUUCUGAGCGUUUGCUGGCUAUUCUACUUCUCUUCGUAGAUUGAUACAGGUUUUAGAACAAAUUUCAGUGAAUUUGGGUUAAUUUGACACCCUCUGACAACYAUGAUCCUUUGCAUUUAAACAAUAGAUUAUUUUGAUGUGAUGUCAUAGUGAAAUAGGGCAAUUUGGAAUAUCAAAGCAACAGCAUUUUUAAUGUUAAAAGAAUUAGAAUCAUUUAGUUAUUCUCUAGUUGGUGUGACCUUGUAAACCCAUUUAAAAUCAACACAAACAUGGCUAUUACUUAGAAAUAUUUUCCUUUUCCCCCUAGGGAAUGAAACUGGAUUUUGUGUGUUUUAUGAAAUUGCUGUCUGGACUCUGCAUGAAUUCCUAAUGUUCCUAUUGUUACCAAAACUUAAUUUUCCACAAUAUGGAGGAAUGUUUUUUCAUUUGCAUUAUUCUGGAAAGACCAUUAGUUUGUUUUGUUCUUCGGAUUGAGGGACCAAAAUGAGUAAAGUAUAGGAAUUGUUGUGUGGUCUAGAACAAGACAUUUCAAAAAGCUGCUUUUAAACGUUAUUCAAACUAUUCUAAUUGCCCUUAUUUUGAAUAUUUGAUUUAAAAAUCUAUAGAUCUAGUUAAGCAUGCUAAAUUCAAGAGAAAUUGAUUUUGGUUUUGAAAAAUUUACCAAAACUAGAGUAGGCAAAUAAAUUGGUAAAUGGGUCAUUCUGUCUACUUUGAUCAAUGGAAGCCAAAAUGAGGUACAGACUCUAAAAGUGAUUAACAGUGUAAAGGUAGUUUAUGCACCUUUUAAACCAACAGGAGUGUUUUAUCAGGUUUAAAGACUUGAGGCAUAGCCGAGUAGUUUUAGAUAAAACAUGAUCUGCAAGUUUAUUGAACUGCUUCAAAAACAGGAAUAAAAACAAACAUUUGUUUGAAUUAGAGCUACCAUAUUAUGUUGUGAACAUGGACUUUUAAUACUUCUAUAGAGGUUUGUAUGUCACUGUCAUACCCAGUUAGUCUGAAAAGGUUCCCAGAAGUUGAACGCAGCAUACCAAACUUGAGAAAUAAGGGGUGCUAGUCUUUGACAUUUUGUGGGUCUUCAGUGAUUAUACACAAUGCAGUGUGGGACGACAUAAUUAUCCUCCUUUACACAAGACUGACAUUGAGGCUCUAAGUUGUCUUCUAAAAUUGGAGAAUAAGGAUGAAACCUUUAUAUAAAGAUGUAUUUUUCUUAAAGGUCCAUGUACAUGAUGCUUAUGGUUGCUCCAAAAGGCUGAUGAAUUAUUCUUGAAGAGUUUACUUUGUAAGUGGUAGACACUAAUUCUUUUAUUUACUUUUAUUGUUAAUCACACUGUUUUAUACAAUUUUGAUUGGGCCAAGUAAAAUCACUCUAACAUUCAUUUAUUAGACACUCAUAAUAGAGUAUGGGUAUUCAUAAUUUAAAAAUGUAUAUUUUUGUAGCAUAAAUGUGUCUUUAACUGUAUUUAUUAAAUUUAUAGCAUUAAUCAAUUAUAAACUAAAGCCAUGUGGUUUGAAUAAAAUUGUUUUUUAAACUUA